AGGGGUUAGGGCCUCCAGGUCGCCCAACACACACGUGGGGUCAGUCGCACUCGGCGAGUGUGUUCCAGAGGCGCGGUCGAAGCUCCGCCGCCGCCGCCCCUUGCAGUCGCCGGUGACCGCUCUGCUGGGACGAAGCCGCGCAAGGCCGUGCGACGUAGCCACGCCGCCUUUCCUCUGAAACCCCCGACGCGGCCUAAUUUUCUCUCUGUUGCCCCCCUGUGCUGUUAUCUCUCCGCCCGCCGUCCCUCGUCCUGCUCCGCCACGUUUCCCCCCCUCCCCCGCCUUCCAUUGCUGGCCCAAGUGACCUAGAGGUUAGGCUACCAAUAAUUCGUGUUUAGCAUUUCUUGAGCAUUGAGGGUGCUUGAGAUAAAGAUGCUGAAGAAUGUCUUGAGUCAGUCAUGGAGGAGGGGAGCACAUGUCCUACAGGAAGGGCAUCCAGCUGAAGCACUGUAUGCUUGCUCAAGUCGAUUUCACAGCGGGCAGGCGUUGAGAUCGUCGAGGAGCUUCUUUGGCGUGGAGGACUUCAUGGACGAGGACAACAGCAAGCCCUACACGUACAAGAAGGAGAAGCGGUCCAAGAACCCGCACAAGCACAUCUCGUUCAAGCAGCGGACGAUUGCGCACAUGGAGCCCUUCACCCUGGACGUGUUCAUCUCGAAGCGGUUUGUGUCGGCGUCGCUGACCCACCGGUCGACGUGCCGGCAGGUGGCGGUGGCGGGCACCAACUCAAAGGACGUGAAGGCGGCGCUGACGUCGCGGUCGGACGUGCCGGCGUGCCUGUCGGUGGGGCGGUUCCUGGCGGAGCGGGCCAAGGAGGCGGACGUGUACGCCUGCACCUACACGCCCCGGGAGCGGGACCGGUUCGAGGGCAAGAUCAGGGCCGUGGUGCAGUCGCUCAUCGACAAUGGCAUCCACGUCAAGCUCUACCUCGACUGAUCCCGUGUCUGUGUGGUGUUUGUUGCGCUCUGCUUUCUCCACCUGCUGCUGAAGAAAAGAGUGUUGGCCUUCGCUGAAUGCACCGUGCUGCCUGCUAUCAGCCGUGUGACUUUUGCGGAUGUCCCAAGCCUGUUGCAAGAAAUUUCGCGGACUUCCUCACGGGUUGCUCCUCCCCAUGUGAAAAUGUCAACCACACUUGACAUUUUGGAGUUUUUAUUGUUAAGAAGAUGAUGGUAUGCUUUUUUA